GAAAAGAUGGAUCGCGUCGACCUUUGUCAGGGCGCUUAUUGGAGUGGUCCCAGUGCAGCUGAACCAGGCCUGUCAUCCUCCCAAGCUCCGUCGACAGCUCUUCACCCAUACUCGCCGUCCCCUGACGUCCACAACGGUAGCGGCAGCGGCAGCGGCAGUGGCAUUGACAACAACAGCGACCGCAGCCGCAUCGACGUGCCCGUUAGUGAUGCCGCCAUGGCCACCGCAGACCCCUUCGAGGUGCGCAUGCGCUUCAGUGCCCAGCUAGAACAUCUCAAUGCCAGCACCACUUCCUCCCAGAAAGCCGCCCAGUAUGCGCUCAAGUACAAGGACAUGGACGAGGACCUGCAUUCGUGCAUCCUCGAGCAGCUGGAGAAGACCAGCAUGAACACCCGUGCCAACAUCAUGUACUUCAUCGAGCACCUUCUCGAGAUGGCCUCUAAGGACCGUAGCAACGAGUACAUCCGGAUGAUGCAGCGGGAUAUCAUUCGAGUUGUCGACGCCGUUUGCCCCGAGGAUGGAUCUGGCGCGGCCAAUGUCAAGGUUGUUCGCAAGGUCCUCCAGGGGCUCAAAAACAAGACCAUACUGCUCGAGCAGACCGUAAUCGAGAUCGAGGCUUGUCUCAAAGACCGCGACACUUCGGCCUCUGACCUCGGCUUUUCUUCGCCUGCCAACGGCGACAAGACUUCCGCCCCCUCCCGCCCGAGCAAUGGCACUAGCCACGGCAGCACCAAUCGCCUAGAUAAACGCCAGAUAGAGCAACGGAUCGAAGAAGACAGGGAGCGGCAUAAGCGCAUGCGGGAGAGCAUGUGGGCCGUCCCCGCAGUUCUCGAAGAAGACGCGGCCAAGGUUUACGAGGACACGAGCGACUUGGGUGAGGACGACCACAUUCUCGGUAACGAGGAGCUGGACGAGAUGCAGCAGAGUGCCGCCGAAGCGGCCCGCAGCUGUCGUCACUCAGGGCGUAGUAGGACGAACGGGACUUCGUCGCAUUAGGGCUCGACGGCCCCGGGAGACCUGUCGAGCCCCAAUCGGAACUCGCUGCCCAUACGGCAGAGAUGAAGAAUCUCCCGUCGUCUAGAAGCAAACGAUAAGAGUAGCCUUAAAAUUUGCUACGCGAUCCCCUAG